AGUAUAUUGAAGAUAACGGAAUGAUUCCCAUGUCUGCACACACUGACUGGCGCGUGUAAUGGCCACACAAGGUCACCAGCUGCACGUAGAUGGCCUUUACAAGUCCCGAGUCAGUGUCUGAACGUAACUGGGACGGACGGCCAUGUUUGGGAUGUGUGACCCGCGUGGUGAAUGUUGUCCUCGGUUCAUGUGGGCUCGGCAACAGCCAUGUCGUCUGUCCCUGGCCGGAAGAGAGAAGUUGAGGAAGACGACAUCUUAGACUGGUUCGGUUGGGACUUCGACGAUCUGAAGAGUAAUCCGAACAUCGCGCUGGGCGCAGUGGCGGACACGAGUGACUUUUCAGGGUUUGACAAGGUUCUGUACAUGGCAAGUAACGCGCUGAUACUGAAGGGAACACGCAGAGGGAGGGAGGUGGCCCUCAAGGUCUCGCGAGACAACGAGAACGCGUGGAACGAGAUCGCGGCCCUCACGGCCAUGGAAGGAGAGAACCACUGCGUGGAGGCCCUCAGCUGGUACACGGUAACGACGUGGGGAAACGACGGGGUAGGAGAGGUCCACACCAUCCCCGUCAUGUCCAGCUCAGGUGAACUCAGGGACUACAUGGAACAGCUUCUGGAGGCAAUUCGGCACAUCCACAAGCGCAGCUGGGUCCACCUGGACAUCAAGCCGUCCAACAUCCUGGUGGAGGAGAAACAGAACGGCAGAAGUCUGACUCUCAUCGACUUCGACGUCGCCCUCAAGUUAGACCAGGCCCUCCGUGCGAACAUCCAGUACGGGACGCCAUUCUUCCAGCCGCCGGAGGUCCGGACGGGCGACCAGGCACGUCUGUCCGCCAAGGCCGACAUCUACUCCGCCGGGAUCACCUUCGCCCUGGUGGCCAGCUGUGCCCAUCCCUCCGCAGACUCCCUGGUCCUUGACGUUGACGACCCGUCUAUCCUGAUUAAGCGAUGUGAAGACUCUCCCAUCCUGAGCGGAAAGGGACUAAAGUUAGUCCGCGCCAUGACGCACCCAGACCCGACCAGACGACCCACCGCGCUCGCCGCUCUACAGCACUCCUACUUUUCGUAA